AUGGGCGAAGCUCCAAAGGGUUUGCUGUCGGUAAUGCAGAAGCUGAAGGGAUCCACAGAGCUUGAGCUCAGGAUCGUUCUGUUGGGUCUAGACAACGCUGGUAAAACCACACUGCUCAAGUGUCUCGCCUCGGAGGACGUGAGCACCAUCACACCAACACAGGGCUUCAACAUCAAGAGCGUGGCCUCUCAUGGGAUGAAACUGAACGUGUGGGACAUCGGCGGACAAAGAAAGAUCCGUCCUUUCUGGAAGAAAUACCUAGAAAACACAGAUUUAUUGGUUUAUGUCAUCGACAGCACUGACAAGAAGCGGUUUGAGGAAACAGGAUUGGAACUGUCAGAUCUGAUAGAUGAGGAAAACCUCGCGGGCGUUCCCAUCCUCAUCUUUGCCAAUAAGCAGGAUUUAGGAACGGCGUCUCCAGCCAGCGAGAUCGCCGAGGGUUUGAACCUGCACACCUACAGAGACCGAGUCUGGCAGAUCCAGGCCUGUUCGGCAGUCACAGGAGAGGGAGUACAGGACGGUAUGAAUUGGAUCUGCAACAACAUCGUCAACAGGAAGAAAUGA